ACCAGAUGAAGAAAACUUUUGACCGAUGAAUUUCAAAUGAGAUAAUUUAAGUGUCAAUUCAAGCGCAUAUGCUUCAAUCUGAUCCAUUAUGUAGCGAGUUCUAAUGAAAUUCUUCUUGGCUGUGGACAGAGUGAAAGGGUACCUCGUAAGCCCUAGUUUCGUGUAAAGUUUGAAAUUAUCAAAUGCCCAGGUUUGUGGGGACUUGGAAUUUUUGUGGUAGACUUUGCUCCGCGUUCACUUUAAAAAGCACUUAAUUUUGCGUGGCUUAAACACAUGGGAAACCCAUUUAUCUUCGGAUCCUGUUCAUCACUGUGAUUUUGGAAGGUUUUGCUCAAUGGCGUCCGAGGCCAAUAAUGUCACAAAACAAUCCACUUCUUUUACUUCACAUGUUAUGAAGAUCGGCAUUGUGGGAUUUGGGAAAUUCGGGUAAUUUCUGGCCAAGAGAAUGAGCAGGCAGGGCCAUUCGCUUAUUGCUAAUUCACGCUCGGACUACUCUGAUGUUUGCCAGGCUCUGGGAGUCACAUUCUUCACGGAUCCGAAAGAGUUCUGCAAAGAGCGUCCGGAUGUGAUAUUGGUGUGCACAGCCAUUCUGGCCACGGAAUCCACUCUGCGUUCUCUUCCAUUGGAGGAGCUCAACAUAACUAACACUCUCUUUGUAGAUGUGCUCUCUGUCAAAGAGUUUCCAAGAAAUCUAUUUUUGGAGGUUUUGCCCGAGCAAUGUGAAAUUCUAUGCACUCAUCCCUGAGAGCAUAGGUUUUGCCGCUCUGGUUUUGGACCUGAGAGCGGCAAAGACAGUUGGGCAGGUCUUCCCUUUGUCUAUGAUAAAGUUCGCGUUAGCAAAGAGGGCAGAUGUGCACAAAAGUGCAAUGGUUUUCUCUCAAUAUUUGAAUCUGAGGUAAGGGCUAUCACAGGGUGUAAAAUGGUGGAGAUGUCAUGCGCAGAACAUGACCGUUAUGCUGCAGAAACUCAGUUUUUGACUCAUACUGUGGGAAGGAUCUUGUCACAUAUGAACUUGGAGCCCACACCCAUUGACACAAAAAGUUAUGAGACACUCAGACAUUUGACUGAGACUAUGUCCGGACAUAGCAUGGAUCUGUAUAAUGGAUUGUUCCUAUGCAAUGCCAAUAGUAUGGAACAGAUAGAGAAACUUGAACGAGCAUUUGACACUGUGAAAAAAGAUCUAUUCGGAAGAUUGCACAGUAUGAUUAGCAAGCAGCUUGUACACCGAGUCCCUGGCUCUGCACCUGGUUCUCCUGCCUUUUCUACCAUGGACGCCAAUCCCCUGAAAAAUGCUGAAAAAAGUAAAAUUCAGACAUAGUUUCGAACCACCUCGACUUGGAGGCAGUUUAUCAUAUAAAACCACUAAACAUUAUAUUUGGAUAAGUUUCUACAGUCUAAUAUUUACUAAGGUUCACAUUUCCGCUCGGUCAUUGUGAUUGCAGGAUUGUGCCUUUGCUGAUCCAAUGUGUUUGUGGGUUUGAACCUCAGUUUUGAUAAUCAUUGGUUCAUAGUUCCAGAAGCCUUUCAUGUAGGACAGUUACAUUGAAAAGUAUACCAGACAUUAUUUAAAAAAAAAUGAAUGUAGAUUAAUUAAUUAUGAAUCAAAACUUCAAAUAUUG